GAAGUGCCAUGGGCACGGGGAAGCGAGCGCGUGUUGUUGGUAUUGGCUGCACGAGGCUGCGUCAUUUCCUGACAGAGGACAGUCGGAGGCGAGAGAGUCGCCAGUCGUCUCCACUCUGUCGCUGGAAUAACGUCUGCAAAGCGGAGCCACCUCCACGCUGCAACCGCACAGAUCAAGAGGGGAAGAAAGACCAACAAACAGGCGACUGAGAAACGGUGGAGUUGCUUGGUCCGUGAAACGCUGCUGGAUUUAUACUUUACGUCGUUUGGAAGUAAAACCGGAGUCCGGAGCGGGAUAGAGUGAACUCACUGGGGAGCGUGAGAACAAAAAUAACUUUUUAUUUUCUUUUUCUUCGUUGAGUUAAAAAAGCCUUUCAUUGUGACUUGCGUGCGCAACAGUCGGGCCAAGUCGUUUCGAGAUCUGGUGUUGAUUUAUUCCGCCUUGUGGAGCUGUUGGCGGUGAGGCGGACACCAGAGAAGCGGUGGCACGGCAGCCACCUGACCUUCUGGAAAAUAAGACGGCAGCUAAUGACACGCAGGCUGACAUCCUUACGUGGCUUAUUACUAAGCUCUCUGACGGAGCGGGACGAGUUUUGCGCGAGGCUGUUGCACGUCCGGGGUUUGACGCACCGCUUCGGACGUGAAGUUUACAGAAUUCAAUUACCGAUAUUAAAAUUAUGGUAAGUGCUAAUUAACUGGUGUCAACUGUGAAAUUGAAUUAGUUGGGCUUAAUUGCCCGUUGAAGUCGCCGCUUUCAUCGUGUCCAGCCAGUUGCAAACAAUAAGUGGAUCAUCUGUCAGAGCCAGACAGCAUGGAUAUAACCGGAGUGCACGUCCUCCACCGGUCGUGAUGCCGAGCACCGGUCUGAUCCCGUGCCACCAGCCCGUCAUGCCUGCUCUCUGACUCGCACAAGUGUUGCGCCGCGUCCCGGUCACCUCGCCAGGAUGAGCAGCACCGACCUGGAGCGCAUGUCGCUCAGCUCCUCGGCCAACUCGGUGGCGUCCAGCGCGCGGACUCUUUCGGCCAACGUGAGGAAGCUGCAUAACGCGCUCAACCUCCUGCUCAACGACUUCGAGAGGGAGCAGUUUAUCCACUGCCUCAACGUCUACCACUCCAAACGCAAUGUGUACGACCUGGUGCAGACCCUCAACGUCAUCCUCAACGCACCCAGCAAGAGGCAACUUCUGCCCAUGCUGCGGUUGGUCAUCCCCCGCUCCGACCAGCUUCUGUUCGAGCAGUACACCUCGGAGGGCCUCUACUUAAAAUCGGAUUUAGUUGCGAGCAACGGAAACGCCGAACCUCAGCCGAGCGACUUCCCCAGCGCCAGCCCGACCCCCACGGGGCAUUUCUCGCCUAACAACCCGCCGGAGUUUCAGGUGGCGUUGCGCGGCUCCCCGGACAGCUUCAGCACCAGCAGCGACGGGACAGCUCCACUGGUGCCGCUCCUCGGGAGGAACUUCAUCCACGAGCCGCCGGGCGAGCUGCGGCAGGUCACCAUGAAGCGGCACAAGAGCAACGAGGGCCUGGGCUUCAGCAUCCGCGGCGGCUCGGAGCACGGGGUCGGCAUCUACGUGUCCCUGGUGGAGCCGGGCAGCCUGGCGGAAAAACAGGGUCUCCGAAUCGGUGAUCAGAUCAUGAAGGUCAACGAUAAAGUCUUCGACAAAGUCACUCAUGCUGAAGCAGUUAAGGUGCUGAAGGGCAGUAAAAAACUUUGUCUCUCUGUGCGUUCAGUCGGCCGGAUUCCGGGUGGCUAUGUCACCAACCAUGUUUAUACCUGGGUUGAUCCUCAGGGUCGGAGCGUGUCCCCUCCUCCUGACCUGCCUGAGCAUCGUAGCGCCACCCUCAGAAGAACUGACAGCCAGAGACGCAGCAACAUGCAGCUAUUGCAAGAGGGGGAUGAGAAGAAGGUCAACUUGGUUUUGGAUGACGGCCGGUCUCUGGGUCUUAUGAUCCGCGGGGGAGCAGAAUAUGCUUUGGGUAUUUACAUCACCGGAGUGGACCAGGGCUCAGCAGCAGAGUGUGGAGGACUCAAGGUCGGCGACCAGAUCUUGGAGGUGAACGGCCGCAAUUUUCUGAGCAUCCCGCACGACGAAGCCGUCAGGGUCUUGAAGUCGUCACGGCACCUGAUGAUGACGGUGAAAGAUGUGGGCCGUCUGCCGCACGCCAGGACAGUGGUGGGUGAGACCAAGUGGAUCCCCAGCUCGCAGAUCGCAGAGAGUUCCGCCAACAGCAGCAUGGCAGGCUUCUCGAUGGACAAAGGAGCCUCUGCUGCAGGAAAGCCUGGGUUUUAUAAAGGCGUGGCGGGCUCUCAGGUGACCCUGUCCAGCCUGGUGAACCAGUCGCGGGCCAUGCUGGAGGAGCAGGCGCGCCACUUGCUGACGGAGGCGGAGCGCCAGACCAUGGGCUACUAUGUGGAGGAGUACCAGGACGGACACAUCGGGGUGGAGCAGCUCGUCGUGGCGCUGUUCGAGCUGCUCAACACGCAUGCGAAGUUCUCUCUGCUGUCCGAGGUGCGAGGCCUGGUCACCCCCCAGGACCUGGAGCAUUUUGACAGGCUGGUGCUGCGUCGUGAAAUUCAGGCUCUAAAGGCGCGACAGGGGACAGCCGGGGCCACGUCACUCCAACCAGACUCCCUCUCCAUGGUGUCGUACCCGGACACCCUGACCUCAUCCUCGGCCAGCUUCAUGACCAGCACCACGCUCAGCUCUGCUCGGAACGACAGUGCGGUGGAGAGUAAUGAGGAUGUUCCUCCGGAGAGUCUGAACGCGCUGCUGACUGACAUCUCUCUGGACGAUGUACAGUCUACCACAGCUGAGUCCCCCCCCUCCUUCAAGCCUCCGCCCCCACCAGGGGCGCAGAGGCGCCCAAGUAGACAAGAACUGUUGAACAAAUGCCCCUCGUCCGAAUCUUCCCACUCAGGCCUGUACUUCACAGCCCCCUCCUCUCACAACCACAACAAAGAGCCAGGACACACCCCCGCCUCGCCCUCGCUGCACCACAAACGAGAGCAUCCCAGGGACUCGUCUCGGGACUACGCCGCUGUCAGAAAGAGAGAUCCCUCGGUACCUUCCAAGAAGGAACAAAUGACAGCUGCACAGCUGUCUAUGGUCACCCAGCAUAACAUCGGCCCUUUCCCCAGGGUCCAGUCCCCCAGCAGAGGCAGCAAACCCGCUGCCCCGUCCCCUUCACCCCCACCUCCACCUCCACUCCCUGCUCCUCCUCCACCCCCUUCUCUACCUCUUAAGCCAGUGUCCAUGUCCAAAGCCUCCUCCGCCUCCUCUGCUGGCAAUAAACAGCAGUUUGUUACAGUGGAGGUCCACAGACCCAACGCGGAGCCCGACGUCAAUGAGGUGCGGCCCCUGCCCCAAGCUCGAGGUGGCACCCUGUCUCAGCUGUCAGACAGCGGCCAGACCCUCAGUGAGGACAGCGGGGUUGACAUAGCUGAGUCAGGACACAUCAGCAAAGACAGCAGCUCCCAUUCGUCACACGCACGCCACCCCCGAGAGACCCAGGGGUGUGGGGUGGAUAACCCCUCCAAACCGCCAGGGCUGUUGGAGCCCACCUCUACAUUAGUGAGAGUAGCAAAGAGUGCCAGCACCCUGGGUAUUGCCAUUGAAGGUGGAGCCAACACUCGCCAGCCGCUCCCACGAAUUGUCACAAUACAGAGGGGUGGUUCAGCUCAUAACUGCGGCCAGCUGAAGGUGGGUCAGGUGAUCCUUGAAGUAAACGGGGUUUCCCUGAGGGGCCGAGAGCACAGAGAUGCUGCACGCCUCAUUGCUGAGGCCUUCAAGACCAAAGAGAGGGAUUACGUGGACUUCCUGGUCACCGAGUUCAAUGUGGCACUAUAGCUGAGUGGAGGAGGAGAGAGGACGAUGAAGAGGGCAGAAGAAGAAGAGUCCGAGGACAACAUGAGGAAUUCACGUCUUUUGAUUAAAAUGGCACAACUCUUUUAGACUUAAACAACCACAAACUGAUCUCUGAGCCCCUCUCCUUUCUCAUUAACCCCCCUCCCCUUGAGUCUGGACACAUGUUGCUGAAAUUUACAAGGUAUUACUUCUGCUGUGGACUUCGUUCAGGAUUCUCCUCAACAUUUUACCUCCCCACUGUGAGACCUUAUGCACUAAAACGCAAAAGUUGUGAAACUCAUACCUUUUUUUCUUCUCUCAGUAAUAAAACAUGGAUUUAUAAUCAUUUGAAAACUACUGGAACUUCUCGUAGCACGCCCUCGUCACAUGGUCGGUUUAUUUUAUUUGCUUUUUGCUUCUGUCUGAGAGACAACUGCACAUCUAAGACUGAUUAAUGCUCGACUUUACAAGCUUGGAUUUGUAUAUGUAAAAAUGAACAAAUGUAGAUACAGAUGCAUAUAUACUGUACACAUAAAGAUAUAUGAAUUAUAAAACCCAUAACCCCUGUUGCAUCAUCAACAUAUAGUAUAUAUAUAUAUUUCAAAUAUGAUGAUAAUUCAGGCCAUGCUGGCUAUAUGGCAUUCUACAGAUUUUACUGUGAAGCUACCAGUCUGUCUGUGUAUUUCCACAAAAAAAGAAAUGGAUAAAUCAUGUCAGGUUAACAAAAAAAUACAUUACAUGCUCCUAUUUGUUUGAUCAGACGUCAGAAAAGACUAUACACAUGAAUGACCUCAUAUGCAUAUAAAUGCAAAUCUUUCCACAUCUCCAUGUGUAUGUAUAUUGUUCGAGACUAUGUCCACACUUAACCAGCUAAAUUUAAAAGUGCUGUGUACUUAUGAGUACAACAUACUUCAUCGUCUCCUGCAAACCCCUAGUUGCAGGGUCUGCGGGAAAUUAUACAGGGAUGUAAUUACAGGAAAGUAAAUAGUGAUCUAUAGUGUAAAGUAAAAGAUAUUCUUGUAUUUCAAAUUCAUCGGUCAAACGUGGCCACCAAACAGGCCCGGGGAGUCUGGCACCAUCUAGUUCCUGUUAGUAUGUACUUGACAGUGACUGGACACUGCUUAAAUAAUGAAGCUCUACAUCAAAAUUUCAGGAAUUGUAAUUUUGAUAAUAUGUUCAUAACAGCCAAGUGUUCUACUAUUUUGGAAGGCUCAAUUUUCAUGUGCAAAAAAAACACUGAAUCAGACAUACGUUUUCAGAUUUGACCACUCCAGAGUGGAUAAAAUCCUGCAGU